ACCAUGCCAUGUUCCAAUAUUUUGCAACCCAUUCACGUAUCAAAAACACAUACACACACACACUCUUCUUUGUACCAUAUAAAGUUUUCCCAUUGUUUACAACUCAAUAAGAUCAAAGUACAGAAACAGCAUAUACUAGCGUUAAUUCCUCGAUGGCAGAUGAGAAGAAUCAUGAAAACCAUGACUCACCAGCAAAUGAAAGAAGGAACAACAAACUUCCAAAUUUUCUGCUGUCUGUGAAACUAAAGUACGUGAAGCUAGGGUACCAUUACGUGAUCUCAAACGCCAUGUACCUCAUGCUGAUACCCCUCCUUGGCAUAGCUUCAGCUCAUCUAUCAACCCUUUCAAUCAAAGACUUUGUCCAACUAUGGGAGAAUCUCAAGUUCAACUUGGUCUUAGUGACAGCAUGUUCGGGCCUGAUAGUGUUCAUAGCAACCCUUUACUUCAUGACACGUCCAAGGGGUGUGUACUUGGUGGACUUUGCAUGCUACAAGCCACACGAUGAUUGCAAAGUCACAAGGGAGGUUUUCAUAGAGAAGUCUGGUCUCACAGGGUCAUUCUCUGAGGAGAAUCUCUCCUUUCAGAAGAGGGUUCUUGAGAGGUCUGGUUUGGGGCAGAAUACUUAUCUUCCUCCUGCAAUCCUGAGUUUGCCACCAAAGCCAUGCAUGGCUGCAGCUAGAAAAGAGGCUGAGGAAGUCAUGUUUGGAGCCAUUGAUCAGCUUCUCGCAAAGACUCGGGUCAAGGCCAAGGAUAUUGGGAUCUUGGUCGUCAAUUGCAGCCUCUUCAACCCCACACCUUCACUCUCUGCCAUGGUUGUUAAUCACUACAAACUCAGGGGGAAUAUCCUCAGUUAUAAUCUUGGUGGCAUGGGUUGCAGUGCUGGACUCAUCUCUAUUGACCUUGCCAAGCAGCUCCUCCAGGUCCAUCCCAACUCAUAUGCCUUGGUAGUGAGCAUGGAGAACAUCACUCUGAACUGGUACUUUGGCAACAACCGAUCAAUGCUAGUCUCAAAUUGUCUCUUCAGAAUGGGAGGAGCGGCGAUCCUUCUCUCAAACCGCUCCAGCGACCGGGGCCGCGCCAAAUACCAGCUAGUCCACACAGUGAGGACUCACAAGGGAGCAGAUGACAGGUCCUAUGGGUGUGUCUUCCAAGAAGAAGAUGAGACAAAGAGAAUUGGUGUGGCACUCUCAAAGGACUUGAUGGCUGUGGCAGGAGAGGCUCUGAAGACCAACAUCACCACACUUGGCCCAUUAGUCCUCCCCAUGUCAGAGCAGCUUCUUUUCUUUGCCACCUUGGUUGCAAGGAAAGUGUUCAAGAUGAAUAUAAAGCCAUACAUCCCAGACUUCAAGUUGGCCUUUGAGCACUUUUGCAUCCAUGCAGGAGGGAGGGCAGUGUUGGAUGAGUUGGAGAAGAAUCUUGACCUAAGUGAGUGGCACAUGGAGCCCUCAAGGAUGACACUAAACAGGUUUGGGAACACUUCUAGCAGCUCCUUGUGGUAUGAAUUGGCCUACACUGAAUCCAAGGGGAGGAUCAAGAAGGGUGACAGGACUUGGCAGAUUGCAUUUGGAUCAGGGUUUAAGUGCAACAGUGCUGUGUGGAGGGCCAUGAGGACCAUCAAUCCAGCCCAGGAGAAGAAUCCUUGGACGGAUGAAAUUCAUCAGUUUCCUGUUCAUGUGCCUAAAGUGGCACCAAUUGCUUCCAAAUCCUAAAUCAAACAUCUUUUUUUAGUAUUAUUAGUUCAACAAACUUGUUUACAGUGAAUCUUAGGAGAUGUGCAAAAAUAGAACAAAAGAUCGUUACUUUACUGCCUGUAGCUUUGCCAAUUUCUUUGCUCUUGUAUUGUGUUCAAGUUAAAAGGAGUGUGCAUACAGUUAUUCCCCUAUUGAUCAUUUAUUUCAUUGUUUUUCAAUAAAUGUAACAAUUGAAUUUUCCAUUA